GACAAAGUUUGAAGAAUACUUUGUGCCUCGUCAAAACGUGACAUUUGAGAGGUAUAAGUUUUUCACACAUGACCAAAAGCAAGGAGUACCUUUUGAUCAGUACAUGGCAGAGCUUCACACGCUAAGCAAAACAUGUGAAUUUGACACUCUGAGAGACUCAUUAGUGAGAGAUAGAAUUGUUUGUGGUACAAUGGAUAAUGCACUGAGAGAAAGACUGCUUCGAGAAACUGGGCUUACGUUAGAUAAGUGUGUCAGUAUGUGUAGAGCAGCUGAGACCACCAGAGCUCAAGCAAAAGAGCUACGGAGAGGUGAAACAACAGUGCAUGCCAUACAUAAAGAACAAUGGAAAAAUAAAAUGUGUACCAAACAAAAGGAUCAAAAAGACAAAUCCAUGGAAUUUAAAUGUGGUAAAUGUGGAGGCAGCCACAAGCCGAAAUAUUGUCCUGCAUAUGGAAAAACAUGUAACAACUGUGGAAGGAGCAAUCACUAUGCAAAGUGUUGCAAAGCAGCUUCAAGAAAGAAAGUUCACACAGUUGAAGAAGAUGAUGAUAAGGAGGAGUUUAUUGUCAAUGUGGUGCAAGCAUGCACAAUUGAAAAAGAAGAAUGGAUUGUUCCAAUUACAGUGAAUCAGACAACAAUACCAUUCAAGUUAGAUACAGGUGCUCACGUAAACCUGCUAUCUUUGGAAGAUUACAAAACACUGACUGUAAAGAGCAAAAUCCAUCCAGUAAAAACCAAAGUAAGUGGAUACACUGGAGAACGAGUUCCUGUUAAAGGCGGAUGUAUUGCAACUUUUAAACACAAGGGUCGACAAAUGAGAGCACAGCUACUGAUCGUGGAUAUGAGUGUACAACCAAUCCUGGGACUCAGUGCAUGCACCAAGCUCAAUCUUGUCAAAAGAGUGUUUGUGGUGACAUCUCAAGAAACUACAAAUGCUCAGGACACACUCAUGGAAGAGUAUAAGGACUGCUUUCAAGGACUUGGAUGUCUACCUGGACUACAUAAAAUAUGUGUAGAUAAAAACGUGUUUCCUGUUGUGCACCCGUGCAGGAAAGUCCCAUUUGCUCUGCGUGAAAAACUGAAAGAUGAACUAGCGCGAAUGGAAAAGUUGGGAGUCAUUAAAAGAAUAGAUGAGCCAACUGAAUGGGUCAGCUCGCUGGUUGUUGUGCAAAAGAAAACAGGUGCCCUAAGAAUAUGCUUGGAUCCAAGAGACCUAAAUAAAGCAAUCAGAAGAGAGCAUUUCAAGUUACCAACCAGGGAAGAGAUCAUGGCACAAUUUGCUGGAGCAAAAUGGUUCAGCAAAUUAGAUGCUUCAUCAGGUUUCUGGCAGAUGAAGCUUGGCGAGGAGAGUUCAAGACUGUGCACAUUUAACACCCCGGAGGGCAGGUACAGGUUUCUUCGUCUACCAUACGGCAUCUUGUCAGCGCCUGAAGUAUAUCAUAAGACCAUUCACAUGAUUUUUGAGCACAUACCCGGUGUUGAGACAAUGAUGGAUGAUAUCAUAGUGUGGGGCUCAACCCGAAAAGAACACGACGAAAGACUGAGACAAGUGCUAGACAAGACAAGGGAGGUGAACCUGAAACUUAACAAAGAAAAAUGUGAGUUUGGAGUGAAGUCACUUACCUUUGUGGGAGAUGUUGUGAGUGAAGAGGGCGUGAAGCCAGACCCGAGAAAAACUUCAGCAAUCAACAACAUGGAAAGGCCAACCAACAAAGAUGAGGUCAGACGUUUCCUGGGGAUGGUCACCUAUCUUGCCAAGUUUGUCCCACAACUGUCAACACAGUCAGCACCUCUCAGGAGUCUUCUUGAACAAAAGAAUGAAUGGAUAUGGUCCCACGAGCAAGAACAAUGUUUUCUGAAACUGAAAGAGACUCUUACACAGGAGCCCGUGUUAAAGUUUUAUGACCCCGAGAAGAGCACAAGGAUCUCGGCAGAUGCAUCGCAGUACGGCCUGGGAGCAGUGCUACUGCAGCAACAUGAAGAGCAGUGGCUACCUGUCGCCUAUGCUUCCAGAGCACUGACAAGUGCAGAGACCAGGUAUGCUCAAAUUGAAAAAGAACUGUUAGCAAGUUUGUAUGCAUGUGAGCGUUUCCAUCAAUAUGUAUAUGGACAGAUGUUUCAAGUGGAAACCGAUCAUAAACCGUUGGUGUCUAUCAUGAACAAACCGUUGAAUGAUUGUCCAGUACGAAUACAGCGCAUGCUAAUUCGACUGCAAAAAUAUGACGUGCACAUGAUAUAUACACAAGGAAAAUAUAUGUACACAGCCGACACAUUGUCUAGAGCAGUGGACAAGAGAGAACUUGCAGACAGUGAUAAUAGCACAGAGAUACAGGCAUAUGUAGAUAUGGUAGUGACAUCUUUGCCGGUGACUGCAGACAGAACAGAACAAAUACGGAAAGAGACUAUUGCUGAUGAAACUAUGAAAGAACUCAAGAGCACAGUACAGAAUGGAUGGCCUGACAACAAAAAGGAUUGCCCCUUGAAAAUACAAGACUACUGGAAUUGUAGAGCUGAGCUUACAGUGGUGGAUGACAUAGUGCUAAAAGGGAGCAAAUUUGUUAUUCCGUACUCACUGCGCAAACAGAUGCUCGAAAAGAUACACGAAGGCCACCUCGGUGAAGUCAAGUGUAAAAGGAGGGCUAGAGAAGUAAUGUUCUGGCCAAGGAUCAAUCAGGAUAUUAGCCAAACAACAGCGUCAUGUGGAGUUUGCCGAACUUACAGGCCAAAACAACAAGCGGAGCCACUGAUGACUCAUCCAGUGCCCCACAGACCUUACUACAAAGUAGGAACGGAUCUAUUUGACUUUGAUGGAAGGAGCUACGUGGUAGUCACAGACUACUUUUCAAACUAUCCGGAAAUUGGAGCGUUGCAGUCAACAACGAGCAAAGCAGUUGUCAGUUAUUUAAAGACUGUUUUUGCCAGACAUGGUGUUCCAUGCGAACUGUUUUCCGACAAUGGUCCCCAGUUUUCUAGCUGUGAGUUUGCUGCCUUUGCCAAGGAAUGGGGGUUUCAACACUCCACAUCAAGUCCAACUUAUCCAAAGUCCAACGGCUUGGCAGAAUGCUCUGUAAAAACAGUAAAAAACCUGUUAAAAAAAUCACAGGACAAAGAUGACUUUCAGAAAAGCUUACUGAUCUACCGUAGUGCACCUCUACAAAAUGGACUGUCACCCGCCCAAAUGCUGAUGGGUAGGCGCAUUCGCUCCAACCUACCAGUCAACGAGGAUUUGCUGACACCCAAAGGCGCACACAAAAUCAGACACACUAAGGAAGUACAAAAAGCGAAGCAAAAACAGCUGCAUGAUAGAACGGCAAAACACCUGCCUAUGCUGAGGCACCUGGAGACAAAAAGGACAGGUGGAAGAGGAAGUUGCUCCACGUUCGUAUAGGAUCCAGAUGGAAAAUGGACCGACUCUGAGAAGGAACCGCACGGAUCUUCAACUACAGCUGACUGAAGGCAACAUUGCAGCUCAGGAGAAGGCUCAACAGGACUCAGCUGGACCUGCAGAACUUGCUGACACGGAGCCUGACCUUGCUGACCAA